AUGUCGCCGGAUUCUUCAGAUAGCUCCGUCAAUAGCGAUGCACUUGAACUCGAAGCCGCGGGGUACUCCCAGGCGAUGCCGCGCCGCUUCUCACUCUGGUCUCUAGGCGCGCUAUCCUUCACUCUUACCUGUACAUGGCUCGGAACCGGGUCUUCUAUCGGCAUCAGUCUCACAGAGGCGUCUUCAGCUGGAACGUUGUGGUCUCUUCCUAUAGCUGGAGUGAUGACUACCAUCGUUUCGUUGGGAAUGGCAGAACUUGCAUCUGCUUAUCCAGUUGCGGGUGCACAGUACUAUUGGUCAUUCAUGGUGGCUCGUGAUGACUAUAAGGCUUUCGCAUCUUACUUGAAUGGCUGGAUGAGCGUCAUCGGUUGGUGGCUCGCGUCAAGCUCAGUCUCCAACUUUGUGGCAUCCAUGAUUCUUGAUAUCGUUGGUGCGUGGCACCCGGAUUGGGAUCAAAAGCGAUGGCACCAAUACGUGAUAUAUGUUGCUCUGAUCUGGAUCGCAACCGCAAGCAACAUCUUUGCGUCACGAUGGAUUCCGCUGUUCAAUAAGAUGGUAUUUGUCUUAUCAGUUCUAACCCUUGGCGCCACAACGAUUACGCUCUUCGUUGUAACGAAAGAUCACGCAUCGGCCAAGUUCAUCUUCACCGAUGCAACUAACAGGACUGGCUGGUCAAGCGACGGCUUCGCCUUCAUGCUGGCGGUAGGCAAUGCCGUAUAUGCCUUUUUGGGCAGUGACUGUGGCGCUCACUUGUGCGAAGAAAUUCCCAACCCAGCCAAGAACGUGCCCAAGGUUAUGAUUUACCCGUUACUGAUGGGAUUACUCACAGCAUUCCCAUUCGCAGCUUCUCUCAUGUAUGCAACAAAGGAUAUCUCGGCUGUCCUCAACACAGCUACUGGGUUGCCCUUGUUUGAGAUUUACUAUCAGGGAACUGGAUCUAGGCCUGUCGCGUCGGUGUUAAUGGCUUUGUUUGCAUUCUGCUUCUUUGCAAAUCUGGUUGCUAAUGGUAAGAAUCCUUCGCUCACAAGAUACAUCCCGCUGACUCCCCUAGCGACGACUUCAUCACGCACGUUGUGGGCUGUUUCCCGAGACGGUGCCUUACCAUAUUCUCACUUUUGGGAGCGCGUUCACCCCAUCUUUGAGGUCCCAGUUAAUGCUCUAGUUCUUUCUGCGACAUUCAUUACGAUAUAUGGUCUUAUUUUUCUCGGAUCAUCGACCGCCUUCUCCGCCAUGGUCAGCGCGGCCAUCAUCUUCUUACAAACAUCAUGCGUCAUCCCCCAAGCCGUGCUACUCUACAGAGGACGAGAGCGCGUUCUACCGGUUCGAUAUUUCAACCUUGGCAAAUACGGCGCCCUCAUCAACGGCAUAUCCGUUGCUUGGGUAGUCUUUCUCGACAUAUUGUACUGCUUUCCCACAACCGUGCCAAUCACCGCACAAAACAUGAGCUAUGUUUCAGUAGUAUUUACUGGGCUAGUCGGUUUUGUGAUUGUCCUUUGGUUCACAACCAAGAAAGGGACUUUUACAGGACCAAGAAUUGAUCUCGAUUCAUUGAAUACUAGACGUCUAGCAGCAGUUGAGACUUUGGAAGGAGCUCGACUGACGGCAGAGUAUCAUCCGUUGCGAAACUCGGAGACGAGAAAGGAGGAUUAG